CCCGCACAACCAACCAUACUGGCUGCACCUCUCAUUCUUAACACUGGAGCACUCGAAACGCAAUGGCCGCACCUCUACUCCUGCGGGGCAUUCCGCUCCUUCGCCUCCGCCAUAACCACCACCGCCUUGCUGUCCGAAUCCUCUCGCCACUUCGGCAGUCCUGGUGCUCUGCGGCUGAUUCUACCCGGCUUGACGAGGAAGUAACCACUGCGGAAAAGAGCACUGCAGUGUUGAGCGCGCGGGAUCCGUCCAACUAUCCAAUAUGGGAUGAUCCUGAUUACAGGAAGUGGAAAGAUAAGGAGGAUGAGAUUCUGAGAGAUAUAGAGCCCAUUACUUGUCUCACCAAAGAAAUUCUUCACUCUGACAGGUAUUUGGAUGGAGAACGUCUAACAGCUGACGAUGAGAAGCUUGUGGUAGAGAAGCUUCUCACUUAUCAUCCAAAUUCUGAAGAUAAAAUUGGAAGUGGUCUUGACUCAAUAAUGGUUGAUCGCCAUCCCCAAUUUAGACAUUCAAGAUGCCUGUUUGUGGUGAGAACUGACGGUGGAUGGAUAGACUUUUCCUAUCAGAAGUGCCUGCGAGCAUACAUUCGAGAUAAGUAUCCAACGUACGCAGAAAGAUUUAUUCGAGAACAUUUUAAGCGUGGCAGUGGUUAAUGCCAUUUGAAUUCAGUUAAAAUUUUGGGACUGCCAGAGAUGAUGGUAACACAAAUGUUAUAAACAUUUGCAAUGCGCAGAGAAAUGUCUGUUGGUCUGAUGACCUAUAUUACAUACGUCCUAGAUCUUUAUCAAAUUGUCAAUAUAGUAGAUAAUCCUUGACUAUCACUUCUAAGUUUUGUUUGCUAAUGAGGACAAAAGAAAAUGAUUGAAAGUGGAAUUCUACUUUGUUGACUUGCAA